ACUGGUGGGCACAGGUGGGUGGGCACAGGUGGGUGGCACUGCUGGGCACAGGUAGGUGGCACUUCUGGGCACAGGUGUGUGACACUGCAGAGUGGCACAGGUGGGUGCACUGCUGGGCACAGGUGGGUGCACUGCUGGGCACAGGUGGGCGGAGCUAGUGGGCGCACUGCUGGGCACAGGUGGGCGGAACUUGUGGGUGGCACUGCUGGGCACCGAUCAUCAGGGCACUGAUCAUCAGUGGCCCUGAUGAUCGCGUGUCAUUGGACACCGCUGAUCACGUGGUAAAAGGC